UAUCUAAGCAAAACAAACACAGAGCAGCGAAAAAAGAGGAAGCCAUGCUUUUUAAGCGCUUCACUAUCAUCUUCAUCAGCAUACUCUUUCAAUCCCUAAAAUCUUCUUCCCAAGUUCUGAACUUCACUUACAAUGGCUUUCAUACUUUUAGUGACAUAUCCACCCAAGGCAUCACAGCUGUCAUACCCAACGACCUACUUAGGCUAACCAACACGACCGUUCAAAAAGCCGGUCACGCCUUCUAUUCCAAAUCAAUUCGGUUCAAAGAUUCUCCAAACGGCACCGUUUCAUCCUUCUCCACAACCUUCGUCUUUGCUAUUUACCCUCAUAUCCCGACACUUAGCGGCCAUGGCAUCGCCUUUGUCAUUGCCCCCCUAACACAAGCCUCCCAUACGCAACGGCAAGCCAAUACAUGGGUCUCUUCAACAUCACUAGCAACGGUAAUGACACAAAUCAUUACAGAGUUCAAUGAUACCAACAAUAACCAUGUCGGAAUAGAUAUCAAUAGUUUGACGUCGGUGCAAAGUUCGCCAGCUGGAUGGUGGGACAAGAAAGGCCAAUUCAAGAACCUGACUUUGACCAGUUGUAAACCGAUGCAGGUUUGGGUCGAUUACGAUGGUCGUACGCAUAAAAUUGAUGUGACGAUGGCUCUAUUCAACGAGGACAAACCGAAGAAGCCCCUUGUUUCCAUUGUGAGAGAUCUUUCUUCACUUAUUCUCCAAGAUAUAAUAUCGGAUUUUUUCAAGUUUGGAUUGCCGUUGAUUUCCCUCUUUUUAAUUGUCUCUUUGAUCUUCCUCGUCUGCUUCAUGGUGAGGAGGCGGAGAAAGUUAGCCGAGGAGCUCGACGAUUGGGAAACAGAGUUCGGUAAGAAUAGAUUAAGGUUCAAAGAUUUGUACUAUGCGACCAAAGGGUUCAAGGAGAAGGAUCUUCUCGGAUCUGGCGGGUUUGGGAGGCUUUACAAAGGUGUGAUGCCCGGGACAAAGUUGGAGAUCGCUGUGAAAAGAGUCCCACAUGAGUCUCGACAAGGGCUAAUAGAGUUUGUGUCCGAGAUUGUGAGUAUUGGUCGGAUGAGUCACCCGAAUUUAGUCCCUCUUUUGGGUUAUUGUCGCCGAAGAGGCGAGCUUCUUCUGGUGUAUGAUUACAUGCCCAACGGAAGGUUAGACAAGUACUUGUACAACACUCCAGAGGUAACACUCGAUUGGAAACAGAGGAUUAAGGUCAUUUUAGGUGUUGCCUCUGGCUUAAUCUACCUCCACGAGGAAUGGGAACAAGUGGUCAUCCACAUAGAUGUUAAAGCGAGCAACAUCUUGUUAGACGAGGAGCUCAAUGGGAGAAUUGGCGAUUUUGGCUUGUCUCGUUUUUAUGAUCAUGGGACGGAUCCUCAGACAACAGAUGUCGUUGGGACAUUAGGAAACUUAGCCCCUGAACACACCCAGACAGGACGUGCCACAACUGCAACUGAUGUUUAUGCUUUUGGGGCGUUUUUACUAGAAGUCGUGUGUGGUAGACGUCCUAUCGAGAUCCAGCACGAGAGCAAUGGAACUUUUUUGCUCAUGGAUUGGGUUUUUUGGGUUAUGGAACAUGGGAAACAUCUUAGAUGC